CGCGCGCGCACGUUCAGAACAAGCUGUACUCGUGUUAAUGAAGCAGCGCUUCCUUCCCGAAUGCGCUCGAGUAAAGUGAAGCUCGGGACCAGAAGGACAUGAGGACAUUUGUGUCCUCGCGAAUAAUCAUCAUGAACUGGAUGUGAAGAAAGAAGAAAAAAAAACAAAAACAACCAGAAGUAGUAGUAGUUGUAUACACAGUCUUCGCUCGUCCGACUUAUUGCGCAGGAUGUCCCACGCAGACCUGGAGGUGUCCGCACUCGGCUUCACGAGCCUACCUGUCGUCGAUCACCUGGACGCGGACUGUCUGCUCCGCGCGCACACGCUGAGCGCCCGGAGGAACUCGUACGUGCUGCACAAGCUCGAGCUCGAGCCGCUCUACAGCGCGCAGUCGUGGUCCGAGGAGAACGUCUUACCCGAGAGACAGACGGACGAAUCCAAAGCGGUCGCGUCUCCCGUGUCUCCCGUGUCCCCGGCGUCCCCUCCGUCCUCCGCGCAAUGGGACGCCGCGGCCGCGGUGCCUCCGGCGGCCAGGGCGCACGAGCCGAGCUCGGAUUCGGACAUCGAGGCCACGAAGAGCAGCCCGAAGCUGAUCAAAAGGCUCGAGAGCCGGUGGGAGCUCGAGGAGAAGGAGGACGUGGAGACCAGAGCCGUGGCCACAUCUCCUGAUGGACGAUACCUCAAGUUCAACGUGGAGAUCGGCAGGGGCUCGUUUAAGACCGUCUACAAAGGUUUGGACACGGAGACCACGGUGGAGGUGGCGUGGUGCGAGCUGCAGACACGGAAGCUGACCAAAGUGGAACGCCAGCGCUUCAGCGAGGAGGUGGAGAUGCUGAAGAACCUCCAGCACCCAAACAUCGUUCGCUUUUAUGACUCCUGGAAGUCCACAGUGAAAGGACACAAGUGCGUCCUGCUGGUGACGGAACUUAUGACCUCCGGCACUCUCAAAACAUACCUGAAGCGCUUUAAGGAAAUGAAGCCGAAGCUUCUUCAGCGCUGGAGCCGUCAGAUCCUAAAAGGUCUCCACUUCCUGCACACUCGGACUCCUCCAAUCAUCCACAGAGACCUGAAGUGUGACAACAUCUUCAUCACGGGGCCCACGGGGAGCGUGAAAAUCGGCGAUCUCGGACUUGCUACACUUAAAAGAGCAUCGUUUGCUAAAAGUGUAAUCGGUACACCAGAGUUUAUGGCUCCGGAGAUGUAUGAGGAGAAAUACGAUGAGGCUGUCGACGUGUACGCGUUCGGGAUGUGCAUCUUAGAGAUGACGACGUCGGAAUACCCGUACUCGGAAUGCCAAAAUGCGGCGCAAAUCUACCGCAAAGUUACAAGUGGCAUGAAACCAGACAGCUUCUACAAAGUGAAAGUGCCUGAGCUAAAAGAGAUUAUAGAAGGAUGUAUACGUACGAACAAAGAUGAAAGAUACACCAUUCAGGACCUACUGGAGCAUGUAUUCUUCCAGGAGCACAAUGGGGUCCGCGUCGAGCUGGCAGAAGAGGAUGACAUGGAAAAGUCCAGUUUGAAGCUCUGGCUCCGAAUGGACGGUACCAAGAAGCUUCAUGGCAAGUACAAGGACAACAAUGCUAUCGAGUUCCUCUUUGAGCUCUACAAGGAUGUGCCCGAAGAGGUGGCACAGGAGAUGGUGGUGCUGGGAUUUGUGUGUGAGGCCGACUACAAAUUGGUUGCCAAGGCAAUGCGGGACCGAGUGACGGCCAUCAAGCGGCAACGCGAGAGACAGCGUCGGAUACGUGAGGAGGAGAAGAAGAAGCAGGAGGAGACCAUCGAGGAAGAACCCGAGUCAUUGUUGCCUAAGCCCACGGGCCAAUCGUUUGAUAGCCCCGCCUCUUCUCCUGUCCUGUUCCCGCCCAUCCUGCCUCUUCAUGACCGUCCCGCUGGCUCUCCGGUCAUCUCUCCAGAUUACGCGAUCAACGGGGGCUUUUUACAAGAGCCGGAAGAACCGGAGGCUGACCAGCAUUUCCACAUCCGCCACACCAGCUAUUCCUCAGUUGCAUCUGACUGUGAGACAGACGGGUAUCUCAGUCCCUCUGGCUUUCAGGAUGGGCUCGAUGCUGCUGGGCGCAACAUCUGCAUCCCUUCUACCCCACCUUCUCGUUUGGCCACACCCCCAAUCACACCCACCUCAACUCCACCGAAGCCUCUUCUCCGCUUUCCCUCGAGCAUUGCUGUAUGUAAUAAUAUCGAGAAAAAAGUGUCAGGGCCUCCCAGUCCUUUCUCCUCAUCUGUGGACAGUUAUGCCUCAGAUGUGGCCUCGGGUUUGAGUGACGGCUACGAGGGCCAAUCAGAGAAGGCGAGUAAGGCAGCUGGCCGGCGGACAGCAACGAGACUGUUCAAGAGAAGGGCCCGGUCCCGCCUGCGCAUUACAGGGCUAUCUGAUAAAGUGGACCGGGUGGUGGAGUGUCAGCUUCAGACACACAAUGAUAAGAUGGUCACCUUCAAAUUCGACCUCGAUGGUGACAACCCUGAAGACAUCGCCGGCGUCAUGGUGCAUAAAGAGUUCAUCCUCCCGUCUGAGAGAGACGGCUUUAUUCACCGUAUACAUGACAUCAUGAAGCGAGCGGAGUCUCUGAUGAGCAAAGAUUUGGCCGGGCAGCAGGGCAAACAAGAAGGCGUGCAUUUCCCACAGCAUCAUAACCCUGCCAGCUCCGUUUCCUCAUCGCAGCCAAACCUGCACACACAUCUUGCUCGGACACAUUCCACUUCCUCUCUGCCAGAGUCCCACGGCUCAGUAGCAUGGCAGAACGGAGAAAUCGCAUCACCAGUGCGUCCCCUCUUACGUUCUCAGUCCUUCCAUAACACCAUGGGAACUUCACACCCAUUCCAUACCACGUACCCAUCUGAUCCCACCAUGUCCCUUUCAAAUCUUGGCCACAUGCAGCAGUUUUCGAUGCCCAUCAUGCCCAACUCUGCUCAGCUUCCUUACAUGUACCCACCAAACCCUGGCUCCCCCAGGACUACACAUCCCUUGCACUCACACAUGCCCAGUAACCCUUCCCAUCUCACGUCCUCCUCUUCCGGCUCUCAUGUCACAGAUUCCAUCAUCUCCACUGCCGAUGGCAAUCCGAUGACCUCGCACAUGCCAGCCAUAUGGCCGCCUCAAACGCCUCCGCUUUUCUCCUUGGCGAACAUGCUCUCCAUGGCCAUGAGCAUGGCCCAGUCUUUUAGUCUGCCACCCAUGUCCUCUAUUCCUGGCUUUCCUUCACACUUUAACCAUGCCAUGCCACACCAGGCUGGUUAUCCCAUGCCAUACCCAUCCCACUAUACUCUUCCUUGCCAAGGAGAGGGCAUAUACCCACCGUGCAUUCCAGAUGCCCAAAAUCUGAACCAGGAUGCUGUGUAUGGGUUUGCUCAAAGGACACAUUCCCCAUUUACCCAUGCCCCUGGGAUACCCAUGCAGCAUGUAGAUGCUCAUGUGCAGCAGAUGUCCAAUAUUGUCCAAGAGAAAGGGGUUCAGGGGGGUCUUCCUGCACACAUCCAGCAGCAUACAGUACCUACAGACUAUACUCUGCCACAAGGAUACACAGAAGCUUUUCCCAGAGCUUCACCGCACCAAUCAAGCCUCUCCAGAUCAUCGUCGUCCGGACUGUCAUCUUCUCCAAGACCAAGUCCAGAGAGCAUGGCAUCUUCAUCCAGUCCCAGAUCCCUUUCCCCAUCGGCAGAACCAGAGACUAGUACCAACACGUGCGAGCUCAUAGGUUCUCCUGUCAGCUCCGAGCCAAAACCAAUAGUUACAGUUGGGCGCUUCCAGGUUUCGCCCACCAAGGUGAUACCAGCUCCUUCUUUACUUCCUGACCAAAGCGCUAACACUACUCCAGCCCUGACACCCGCCGUCUCACCAGACAUUUCCUAUGAUAAUCAAACUAAGGAACAAACACCGUUAGAAAGAAAUGAAAUCUCAUCCCUUAACAACACCACCUUCUCUCAGCACCUCCACAUAGAAGUUGCUCAAGCUCAGCACUUCUCCUCGAAUGCCAAUCAUGAUCAAAGCCAAUCAUUGGGCCUUGAGCAGAACUUGCUCUCUGAGGUUCCUCGUAAUGAUUUCCGUCUCCGUGAACAAUCCAAACAAGAUAGUAAAAAAACCCGGAUUGACGAGAACAAAGAAGAGGGGAAAGAAGAGGCACAGCAGAGUGGCGACAAGGAACCAGGCAAAGAUGUCAAACCCCUGGAAGAACAUCAGCAGCAGGAGCAGCAGCAAGGGAAGAAGAAAGCCAGACGCCUCGGUUCUGUACAGUCUCUGACCGGGACGUCGGUGGACAGCGGGCUUUGCGUCUUUAUGGAUCCAGAGGCUCCUCUAGGGGACGGGAUUAUGGACAGCCCUCAAUGUCCUGUCCCUCAUCACAACAUGUGGAUGAGCUACACCCGCACCAAUUCCUACAUGAGCAGCGACGAAUCUGAAAGCGAGGAGGAGGAGAUGUGGGAUGAGCUGCAGGAGCUGAGGGAGAAGCAUCUGUUUGAGGUGCAGACUCUGCAGGCGGUCCAGAAGAGAGAAAUAGAGGAGCUCUACGAGCGGAUGGGAAAAGUGCCUCCUCCGUGCAUCUUCUCCCCGGCGACCAUGUUGUCCAGUCGGCAGCGUCGGCUGUCUAAAUCAGGAGGCUUUCCUUCGUCCCGUCGCAACAGCCUUCAGAGACUGGAUAUUCUUCCUUUAACAGGGAUGAUAAGGAAGAACUCUGUAAGCGGAAGCAGCAGCAGCAGUACCAGCAGCAGUUCACAGGACCAACCUAAAGGGGUGACCUUCACGCCUGACCUUGCCAGAAUGUAAACGUCCAUAACGAAGCCUGUUGGCGGAACUAGAUUAGACUACCUCACCCGGCACAUGCUGCCCGCCGUUUUCUUACUCAUCCUACUGAGGAAAGAAGGACUUUACACACACAUACGGAUAUUCGCUGCUAUCGGACGAGUGCGGCUCAGCAGCGCUUCCUGUUCAUACAGUUCAUACGUAGGUUUACGUCACUGUCCCGGAUUAUGCGGCUCCGGAUUGUGUUUCCUCUGCAACCCAUGGAGCGUAAUCCACACUGUGUUUUUGCAUACUGAAAUAUACGCAACCAUGCCUUCAGACAUGUACGCAGUGCUACUGUUAAAAAAAAAACUCACGCUUCAACAGAGACUAAAAUAAAACUACUCCACUACUGCCAUGCAAAAAUCGUGCUGCUGUAAGGAUGCCGUCGUCGCUGCCGAUUCCGCGGUGAGCUCGGUGACACAAGAGUAACGCGCAUAUUUCUGAUAGCUCACCAGCGGCUCAAUAGUGACUCAGGCCUGGCCCGUGUCCUUUGCACUUUUCUAAAAUAAACUGCCUGUAGAUGCAGCUGUCAGACCUGCUGAACAGGCAUGUGAUUCCUCCGGAGAGACCGAGAAUAACAAAGUCCGCCGGACUGUGUGUGUGUGUGUGUCUCUCUUGAACGUUUUCUGACAUUGUGCUGUAGUAAAUGUGACAUUACUUAAUAGUUGUGAUUUAAAGAAAAAAUUAAACAAAAAAAAUACCAUGGCAUUUAACUGCUGCUUGAUAUACUGUAAACCUUAUGUACAGUAAAUGUGUAUUUUAGUUUCUGGGGUACAUUUUCUGCUACAUGUCUUUUGAAAAAUUUUAUUUCACUUAUUAUUAUGAUUAUUAUUAUUAUUGUUAUUAAUGUGAAUCUAAACCUGGACAGAAUUGUUUGAUUCUUGUACAGUUGAAUUGUAUUGUGGAUGCAAUUGUGGUUAUUGUUAGGAAUUAUGCAAGAGAUAUUUUAAAGAUUUUUUUCCCCAAGCAAUUAAAAAAAAAAAAGUUAAUUUCUACUCUUGAUGGUGUACAUAUUAUGUUUUUGAGGAGCGGGGACUUUCGACUGUCCAGAAUAAUAGAACAAAGUUAUUAGAGAUAUAAAAACUCUCUUUGUUUCUCUAUAUAUCCUCUACUACACUACUGCACUUAUACCAGUGUUUCAGCGCUUGGAUAAAAUCAAGGUAAAAAGUUCUCAGAGCGCCGGAGCCAUGACAGCACUGCCAGCUUCAUGUUUGAAACUCUGGCCUCCCAGGAACUCCUUUAACAUGUGCAAAUCGGGGAUGGGGAGAUAACUCCCAGCUGAGUUCCUGUAAUGUGUAAGUGGUGCAUUUUCACCCAUUAAAACAAAGGACCAUUUAGGGAAUUCCUGGGAGGCCAGAGUUUUACACCUGAAGCAUGCAGUCCGAUCAUGUCAAGUCAAAUCAAGUCAAGUCAAGUAGGCUUUUAUUGUCAUUUCAACCAUAUACAUUUCUGUACACAGUGAACCGAAACAACGUUCCUCCAGGACCAAGGUGUUACAUACGAAACAUAAAUUAACAACAUAAAUUAACAAAACUAACUAGCUAACUAAGAAACCUAAUAAGCUCAAUAGCUGAGACAAGACAGAUUGACAUUUUAAAUGAACAGAAAACUAUCCAGGUCCUAUACAAAGAGACAACAAAGUGCACAUACAUAAAAAAGGAGGUGUACUGGGAAAACCUUCUACCCUGAUAGUGUCCAAGCUCUAGUGAAACACUAGGGGAUAAGUGCAUUAGUGUAGCAGAGGAUUAUAUAGAGAAAUAAAGGGAGUUUUUAUAACCCUCAUAACUGUUGUUAUGCUGCACGAUCAGAAGUCCAGGUUUGACUUGAACGCUCCUCAUAUUUUCACUGAUUAAAAAUAUAUACACACACACACAGAGGCUACUAAUCGACCAAAAUGCACACAGCACUUCAGAAGUUCUGAUUUAGAUCGCAGGUAGUAGAGUCGAGUUUCGGGUGAACAGCGAUCGUUAGGUGUCCGAUGAUGUUUUGACUCCUUUUGCUUUGAUGCACUUUUUGGUUUAGAGAUUUUUCUGUAUUACUUGGGGAGUUGAAGCCAGAUCUAUAGAUCUAUAUAUUGUUUCAUGAAUAAAUAUAUUAUAAUCUAUUUCUUACUUAAGGUCUAUGCUGACUUAAAUCAUUUUAAAAUGACAAAAAUCGUACAAGGGUUUUGUUUUUGAUUAAAGAGAAGGUUAGUAGUUUACCUUACCUUAUUGUGACGUUAAUAAAAUGAAUAUUAAUAAUCAAUUACAAACUGUGAAAAAAAACAUGUUGCCUUUAAAUAAGCAGCAAAUAAAAAAAAUAAAUGUGCGAAAAACGUAUUGUUUUACAGAAUGUGACGCUUGUUUGCAAAGCUGCUAUACUGCCAUGCAUUGUCUGUAUUUUUUUCCUCUUGUUUUUAUAUCCAAUAUAAAAAUGAAUAUCCUUCAUGCUGAAAAAUAAAAUGUAAUUUUAUUUGUACAAUAAAGCAUUAAUAAAAAUA